AUGACGCAGGUCAUCUGUCACGAUUUGAACGAGGUCUGGGAUGACAUUAGCGAAUUCCUGGACCAAGAAAAUUUUCGCUGCGGUGAGGUCAGCCGACUGGCAUUUUCUCCACUCGAAACGCCGACAGUCGCAAUGCUCACAAGAGCCCCACCACGAGUACACGAUCAACCCGUCCGAGAACCCCCGAUAACCCUGGCCAUGCCCCCGCCGACCCUGGCCUGUGCCAGCUUUACCCCCUGUGCUCCGCUGCCCCCACCACCUCGACCUUUUCCUGCUCCCACAUGUGCCCUAGCCUCUGUUGGGCAACCCCAACCCCCCAUUUCGACUUGUUCCAUGCUACCAACCACAUCAGCUGAUUCUACUACUACUGUGACCUCAAUGCCAGCCUAUUAUACUCCCACACAGCCACUACCGGCCCUACAACCACCACUGCCUAUUAAGGAAGAAUCUCCACCAUCCAGUCCCGAGCUACCGUAUACUAGUGCCGACUCAGCUACAUAUUCCGCAAGCCCACUGGCGAAUAGUUUGCCAGAUUUGAAUCUGCCAAAUACAAGGAUUCGUAAAUCAAGCAGGUGAGU